AUGAGGGGUUUCCCCAAAGUAAUAAGACCUGAAGCAUCACUAUGCUUCUCACCCCCGCCACCCCUCGCCUUAACCGGCUUCCUCCUCAUCGCCACCACGCACGCUCUUCCGCAAAACUCCGUCCUACAGAGCGCGAGCCCGUCGCAUGAAUCCCUUCACACCGCCGUCUACACCAGGGAUCUGCCGGUAGGGACCCAGUGCGCCGGACCGAACGAGCAAGAUACCGUCGCCACCGCCGUCGUCUCGGUGCUAGGCCCCCGCGAAGUAGCCGACUGGCCCGAAAAUGGUGUUACCGUGGUCGGCGAGGCCAUCUCCACGCUCUUCGUCGAAGACGAGACUCGCACCGUCAGCCAAGAUCUAACGUGGACCCUCUCCGGAAACACGGACGUAGCCCGCGACGCGCCGCAGCCCACAGCACCGCCGCUGCAACCCGGAGAAGAGGCUCUCACCUCUGUUUACACCAGCUCCACUUCCUUCCUCAUCACAUACGUGUCCGAUUUGGCGGGCCGAGAGCGGGAGGAGUGGUUCACGACGGAGCGCGUCACCUACAUUGAGACGAUAGGGCCCGACUAUCCCGCGACGAUCGUGCGGACGGGCUACACCAACAUCGAAGCCAAGUACAUUGCCGUCGAAACGUUUGAACCAGUUUCGACUCUCGAGACGACGGACGUAUUUUCAUUUUGGAGGACGACUACCAUGGUGCAGGUUGGGCCUCAGCCGACACCGGUGGUAGUUGCGUGUGGGGAAGACUAG